AUGGGCUCUUCGUUUUCAUUGGGCAAGGAUACUCGCAACAACUUUACUAGCCACCUCUAUGAAGCUCUUAGACGCAACAACUUUGAUGUGUUCCACGACACCUCCCUCCGACCAGGUCUUGUCAUCGGCCCCCAGUUAUUGGAAUCCAUCAAGCAGUCGAGGAUCUUCGUUGUCAUAUUCUCGACCAACUAUGGUGAUUCCAAAUGGUGCAUGGAUGAACUUGCCCACAUGAUGUAUUGCGUGGAUAGGAACUCAAAUCAGACCAUUCUUCCUAUUUUUCUGGAUGUCAAUCCGUCAGAUGUUGGCACCCAACAAGGUUCUUAUAAAGAAGCAUUCAAAUAUUAUGAAACAAAAUUCAAUCAGGAGAGGGUUCAGAACUGGAGGGAAGCUCUACGGAGGGCAGGAGAACUCCAUGGCUUGCACCUGCAAAAUGACGCCAACGGGGACCACGAGGAGUUGAAGGAUCAAAUUGUUGAAAAAGUCAAAAAUUUGAUACAUGGGUUAGAUCUGAAUGAAGAAGAUAUACCCCUUGUUGGGAUAGAAUCUCGGAUACGAGAUGUGAUUUCGUUGUUAAAUAUUGAUGGUGAUGAUGUUCGUGUGGUUGCAAUUUGCGGGGCUGCAGGAAUAGGCAAGACGACAGUCGCAAAAGCUACAUACAAGCGACUUACUAUACAUUUCAAAGCACGGCAUUGUUGUUUUCUCCCUGAUGUGAAAACCGUAUUCGGAGAGCCGAACGGAAAAGUAAAUUUGCAGAAGAUGCUCUUAUCAAAUCUUCUCCAAGAUGAUGAAAGUCGCAUCCGUAUAGGCAGCUAUCAUCAGGGAAUUGGUAAAAUAGAAAGGAUGAUAAAGGAUCAAAAGCUUCUUUUGGUUCUUGAUGAUGUUGACAACGACGAGCAGUUGAAGAUAUUAAGCAUGAAUCGGUCAUUGUUGGGUCGUGGAAGUAGAAUCAUUGUGACGACAACUUCAAGGGAUGGAUAUGUUGUUGGUCGGCUCAAACCGGAUGCUAUGCAUGAGCCUCGGCUGCUGGACGAGAGCGAGUCCUUGGAAGUGUUCUGUUGGAAUGCAUUUGGACAAGACCACCCGAAGGAAGGGUUUGAGAAGGUGUCGAGGGAAGCAGUGUGUAGGGGUGCAGGGUGUGUUGGGCUUCUCAAAGAAUCGGCUGUUCGUUUGGGACGCUUUCCAGUUGUUGAAGAAUGGCGAUGGGCUUUGAAAGAUAUGAUCAUGAAGUAA